CUCACCGCCCCCGGAAGCGCCUCCGGAGCGCCGCCCACCGCCGCCGAGUGACGUCCGCGGGCGGGCCGCUGCUCUCUCCCCCCGCCGCCGGCAUGCCGAAGCUCAGCAAGGAGGCCAAGCAGCGGCUGCAGCAGCUCUUCAAGGGCGGUCAGUUCGCCAUCCGCUGGGGCUUCAUCCCGGUCGUGCUCUACCUAGGUUUUAGGAGGGGUGCAGAUCCAGGAAUGCCCGAGCCAACAAUCUGGAGUCUGCUUUGGGGAUGAAGGACGUGGCUGUCCUGCUCUAGAACCAGCUGAUGGACAGAGAAAAAAGUAUUUGAAGAUUCGUACCUUCCAGAAGAUGAGGCGAAUGCUUUCACCAGCUGACUCUGUCAGCUUGCUAAUGACAUAGGCUGUACAUACAACAAAAUGGAGUUUAUAUGGACGUAACUUAUUUGGAUUGUGGUGUAAUUAAAUCUAGUUUGAAAUGGA